AUGGGAAAUAACACAUCAACUAUUGAAAAUGUAAUUCAACAAAGUUUUGGAGUCUGCCUAAAUGUUAGACAAUAUAUUAACAACAAUAAUUUCAAUGAAAGGUACAGAAUUGGAGGAAUUAUCGGGACUGGACAAUUUGCAGAGGUUUUCUAUUGCCAUGAAAGUAGUACAAAUAAUCCAUAUGCUAUGAAAGUCAUUUAUAGUACAGAUGAAGUACCAAUAAAUCGGAUAAUUGAAGAAGUAGAAAUUAUGAAACUUUUGAAAGACCACCCAAAUAUAGUCAGCAUUAUUGAUAGUAAUGUUGAACACAUUGAUGAAGAUAAAUAUGAAGUAAAGAUGGUUUUAGAGCUUUGUAAGGGUGGAGAUUUAUAUCAAUAUGUACUCGCAAAUGGUGCUAUGGAGGAAAAGAUAGUUCAGAAGAUUAUGAUUAACUUGCUAGAUGCCCUUAAGUUCAUUCAUAAAAACGGAAUUAUUCAUAGAGAUUUAAAACCUGAAAAUAUUUUGAUUGACGAGUUCUUUUGUUGUAAAAUUGCUGACUUCGGAUUGGCCAAGCGAAAUACAUCAACCGAUAAUCCGAACAAAGUAGCACGCUCGAAAUCCCUAUGUGGUUCUGAUUUCUACUUGGCUCCAGAACUUGUUAGGCAACAAGAAUAUGGACCUGAAAUAGAUAUUUGGAGUAUAGGAGUUUUAUGUUAUGUUUGUUUAUGUGGAGGACUACCUUUCCACGAUAACAGAGCAUUUGAUCUGUACCAUAAGAUUGUUGAAAGAGGUGUUAACAGUUAUCUAUUUGCUCAGCCAGCUUGGAAAAAUGUAUCAUCCGCUGCACAACAUUUUGUCCAAUGGCUACUGGAGUCUGACCCAAAUAAGAGACCGACUGCAGAAAAUGCACUUAAUCAUAGGUGGCUUAGGACAAGUUUUUCAAAACAAGGAAUUCAUACAAAUACUAAUCUAAUACACAAGAUGAGUCACAAAAGCUCAUUUUCAAAUAAGGUUGAUUCAAGCCCAGUUACUAUUCAAUCAAACGAGAAUAAAAACUAUAUUUCAAAUUAUGUUUACGAUAUAUAUAAAUAUUAA